GGUGCACAACUGCGGACGUGAAGACUUGGACUCUGAAGUCAAUUGAGAUAUACAAAUUUGGAAUCCGGGCGGUCCACAAGCGCGUAGUUGCACCAGCUGUGCCCUGAAUCGACCGAGCGGGGAUUGACUUGCGCGCAUGGAGUGACCGGUGAUGGCGAUCGGGGGGAAGUCGGAAGGGAAGGUCUUUGGUCUUUUUCGGAUGCCUUUCUGGCAGAACGCCGCCGGCAAGGGUGGAGGGGGGGCUUCCUCGUCUACUCAGCAACAGCACCCGCCGGGACCGCAGGUAAGGGGGGCCGGGAGCAGCUCUGUUUCGUCCAUGGCAAAGUCGCUGUUACCCACCCGCCGCCGGCUCCGGUUGGAUCCUGCCACUAAGCUCUUCUUCCCAUAUGAACCUGGUAAGCAGGUUAGGAGUGCUGUCAAGAUCAAAAAUACCAGCAAAUCUCAUGUAGCAUUUAAGUUUCAAACAAAUGCACCAAAAAGCUGUUUUAUGCGUCCUCCUGGGGCUGUGCUUACUCCUGGGGAGAGUAUUAUAGCAACUGUUUUUAAGUUCGUGGAGCUUCCGGAGAAUGAUGAUAAACAAGACCAGAAAAGCAAAGUUAAGUUCAAGAUUAUGAGUUUGAAGGUUGAAGGACCUAUGGAAUAUGUACCUGAACUGUUUGAUGAUCAGAAAGAUCACGUUGCAAUUGAGCAAAUUCUGCAGGUUGUAUUCCUCGAUCUCGAUCGCCCCUGCCAAAAAUUGGAAAAAUUGAAGCGUCAACUUGCUGAGGCCGAUGCAGCACUUGAGUCUCGAAAGAAACCUCCCGAAGACACUGGUACUCGGAUUGUGGGUGAAGGCCUUGUGAUUGAUGAAUGGAAAGAGCGAAGGGAGAGAUACCUAGCUCAGCAGCAGGGUGAAGGUGUUGAUUCACUAUAGAGCUGUUCCUUGUAGUUGUACUUGUUGCAAGACAAUACAAUAUGAAGUUUUUAUGUCCAAAAAAUAUGACUAUCAUUACAGGAUCCUUCAAUGUUAGUAAUAAGAGAGCAUAUGUAAAUGGAUUGAAUUGAACUUCAGAGAUUUCUGUAACUUGAUUUUUGUUUA